CAGGAUGUCAGUGUUCAGACAGCCCCGUGUUGCACAAGAGAGCCCUGCUUGACUCUUUAUAAAUGCUACGCAUACAGCUGUCAAGGGUCUCUGGUCACUGGCAAUCCAAAGCCACUGAUUCCAUGACAAGAGACUUCAGAUGAAUUAACCCUUUUGACAAUUGACUCAAUGGAUUUCACUUUGGAUUACUCCGAGUACGACAAUUACACAGUGGAUAAUUUUACAUAUGAGGAAGUAUCUUUUAGAGUACACCCAACAUGUUCUGAAGAAGUUCUGUGUAUUGCGUUGGUGGUCAUUAAUGUAGUCAUCUUCCUGCUGGGUAUUGUAGGGAAUGGCGUGGUGAUCUGGAUAGCCGGCUUCAAGAUGAAGAAGUCAAUCAACACAACCUGGUACUUCAGCCUGGCUGUGUCUGACUUCCUGUUCUGCUUCUUCCUUCCCUUCAACAUCUUCUACAUGGCCACGUCUGACUGGACCUUUGGAAUCUUUAUGUGCAAGUUCAUGUCCUUCAUCAUGUUCCUCAACAUGUUCAGCAGCAUCUUCCUCCUCGUCAUCAUCAGUGCGGACCGCUGCGUGGCGGUGAUGUUCCCCGUGUGGGCACAGAACAAGCGCACCAUAAGCAAGGCCUUGGUGAUGGUUAGUCUGGCAUGGGUCAUCUCUGCUGCCCUGAGCAUUCCAUCCAUAAUUUUUCGCGAUGUUCAGCAACAUCUGGGCACAAGCCGGUGCCUGAACAACUACAGCACUAGUCAAUACAGUCAUGAAACCAUCGCUAUAAGCCGGUUCCUUGUUGGAUUCCUCAUCCCGUUCCUGAUUAUCAUCACCUGCUAUUCCAUUAUCAUCUUCAAACUGAGAAGCAACCAGAUGGCAAGAUCCACCAAGCCGUUUAAGGUCAUGACAGCACUCAUUGUGACGUUUUUCCUGUGCUGGCUCCCAUACCACACGUUAGUGCUGAUGGAGCUGAACCAAAGCAUCCAUGCUGAGGUCAUCCCCAUCGUACUCAGAGCUGGCACCUUGAUUGCAUCAGCAAAUAGCUUCCUCAACCCAAUACUCUACGUGUUCAUGGGCAACGAUUUCAGGAGAAAGUUCAAGAGCUCACUGGUUUCAAAGAUGGAGAACGCAAUGGGAGAGGAGGGACGUACGCUGAGCCGCUACCUGUCACGCUCCAGCUCUAUGGAUGCCAGAACUUCCACUCACAUCUGACCCUCAGAUGGAGCUGUGCUAAAGAAAUACAUGCAGUUCCAGAACUAGAUUAAAGAAAUUAAUGCAGUUCUGGAUCUACCUAUUUUUGUUCCAGUUGGAAAAAAAAUGUGGUAAAUAAACUCUGGUUUUCUAAGUACUUGAACUGAAGGUAGGGAGUGAGACCUCUGUCUCUGAUUAUGCUCGAGUUCUGACCACUUUUCUUAUGGAUGCAAUUUAUGUCUAGUCUUGAUAAUAAUCUUGAUCAAGAACUAACAAAAAAUCAGCAAAUUUAAUCCAGCUCCAGAAUGGAUAUAAUUGAGUCAAAAAAAAAAAAGCACUUUCUGAUGCUCAGGCACAGUGUAAAUAUAUUUUGCACUGUGUGUAGUCAUGCUUUCAUUCUGCAGUUCCUGUAGAGUGUGUGAUGUGCAUGAUGAUCUGUCGUGAUUAAUGAAUUGUAGCAGUCUUGUUACAUAAUAAAUAUUAUUGUUUUACUUA